ACUAAUAAAGAAGGCAGCAGCUUGGCAGAAGCCAUCCUCUCCGGCACUCUCUUGCUCACACAGUCCCCACAGUGAUAAAAGCCUCGAGGGGGGACGAGCCAGCCAGCCAGCCACCCUCAGCCAGUAGCUCACCAGGCCCGCUAGGCUAGCUCCUCGCCUCCUCCUCCCUUCCCUUCCCUUCCCUGCGGCGGAGGAGAACGGCCAGUGGUAAGCAACUGAGCAGAGCAAGGCAAAGCAAACAAGAGCUUGCGUUGCCUUGCCUAGCAGCUAGCUUCGCCGCCAAGGACCUAGCCUGAGAGCGCGGCCACCGCCACCGGGCAGCUAGCUUCCGUUUCCCCCGCGCGCGCCUAUUUUACGCCGAGCACCGGGCGCGCCACGAUGGAGAUGGCGGGGGCGGCCGAGGCGGACACGCCGUCGCAGGAGCCGGUGCGCACGGGCCGGAGCAACACCAUCCUGCUCCCCAUCGUCGGCAUCCUCCUCGCCUACCUGCUCUACCGCUUCCUCCGCCCGCGCCUCCGCGGCCUGCGCCUCGACCGCUACGUCCCGUCGGGCGCCCGCCUGCCGGGCUGGCUGCGCCGCCGCGCGCCCAGCGGGGGCGCCGUGCUGCCCUACUUCGCGCCCAUCGCCGACCGCCUCGGCGCGCUGCCGUACCUCGGCCCCUUCGCCGAGCGCCUCGGCGUGGGCCCGCAGGGCGGGUACGGGUACGGCGGCGGCGGGGCGCAGGCGCUCGUCAAGUUCCCCGGCGGGGAGGCGCUGUCGGUGGCCGCCAUCCUCGAGGCGCCAGGGGAGGUGGUGGCCAAGUCCGCGCACAGCACGCUGUACCGCGCCGCGGUGCGCUCCGGGGAGGCCGCCGUGCUGCUUCGGUUCGUGCGCCCCGCGUGCGCCGUCGGGGCCGACGAGGCCUACGCCGCCGCGGGGCGGAUCGGCGCCGUCAGCCACCCGAACCUCGUGCCGCUCCGCGCGGUGUACGUCGGGCCCAGGGGCGAGAAGCUGCUCGUGCACCCAUUCUACGCCGCCGGCUCGCUCCACCGCUUCUUGCAAGAGGGGAUCGCCGAGUCACAGAGAUGGAGCAUAGUUUGCAAUCUCUCUCUCAGCAUUGCCAGGGGCCUGGAUCACCUCCACACAGGCUUGGAGAAGCCGAUGGUUCAUGGCAACCUCAAGACGAGCAACAUCCUUCUCGACGCCAGCAACGAGUGCAGGAUAUCGGACUACGGCCUCUACCUCCUGCUGAACCCCGCCGCCGCACAGGAGAUGCUUGAAGCCUCCGCGGCGCAGGGGUACAAGGCGCCCGAGCUGAUCAAGAUGCGGGACGCCACGAGGCAGAGCGACAUCUACAGCCUGGGUGUCGUCCUGCUCGAGAUGCUCGCCCAGAAGGAGCACGCCGACGACAGCCGGCCGAACCCGCGGGACAUCCUCCUGCCGGCCUCCUUCAAGAACCUGGUCCUCGAGAGGAAGAUCUCUGAGGCCUUCAGCUCCGAUCUCGCCAGGCACUGUCGGAGGUCGGGGAAGGAGAGGCACCUGAACGCCUACUUCGAGCUGGCCACCGCCUGCUGCAGCCCGUCGCCGUCGCUGAGACCCAACACGAAGCAUAUACUCAAGAGGCUCGAGGAGAUAGCGAGAUGAAUCAUGAGUGGAUUAUGGACGCGAGUAGGUUUGCCAGCUUGUGCUAUUUAAUCAGCAUUGCAUCGUAGCAGCAUACCCGUUGAUACCGUGAAGCUGAAGCUCCCUGGCCCGUGCAUACUGCAACUUCCCCAAAGCUAUGGACUACGGAAUUUGAGCUGGGCAGUUGCCAGUUGGGGAAUGGGUCCAUGCGUUUCACUCACACCCAGGAACCUGUACAGCCUUUACAGAGAGAGAUGCAGAGGGGAGCUCAUCUGAAGGUAUACCGGGGCUGUUGCCAGUGGACGAGCAUGACUGCUAGAUUAUGUUUUUGCCGUGUUUUACCUGAAAAAUAGAAAUGUACAAUCAUAGAGUGGAAUGUUCUCUUUCCAGAUGCAUGUAACAAUGUAACAUGGUACCGUCGUCGACAUUGUGAUUGAUAUUCCCCGACUCCCUGCGCAUGUGCUUAUGUGCUGCAAA